CGCAGGAAAAAGUCUGUGGGCGGAUGAGGAAGUUCACUGCUCGGAUUGAUGGUUCCACACCUACUGUACUGGCACUUUUACGCAGCAGCGGCGGCAGCAGCACACGCCGGGGUCUCAAACCACCGAUUCAUUGUGAUCAGAGGUGAUCCGCGCAUGGGAAAAUGACAAUCAAGUUUGUGGUCAUCCUCUGCACACUUCUGCUCGUCCGAGGCGCGCGGUCUGAUCUACUGGAAUAUGGCGACGACUACGAAGAUCAACACGAUACCACCGUAAAUCAAAUGCUGGUGCCCAGGACGCACCAAGAGGAUGCCACACUCAUACUGAACAAUCUGCUCAAGGAAUAUGACAAGACGCUGCGGCCGGACAUCGGAGUGAAACCAACAGUCAUCGAUGUGGGCAUAUAUGUCAACAGCAUCGGGCCUGUGUCAUCCAUCGACAUGGAGUACCAGAUCGAUAUCAUCUUCGCCCAGACCUGGGUGGACACGCGUCUGCGGUAUAACAGCAGCAGCAUGCGGAUUCUAACCCUCAACAGCAAUAUGGUCGGUUUGAUCUGGCUGCCUGACACCAUCUUCAGGAAUUCCAAGACUGCGGACUCUCACUGGAUAACGACACCCAAUCAGCUGCUGCGGAUCUGGAACAACGGAAAAAUACUCUACACACUGAGGAUGACCAUCAACGCAGAAUGCCAGCUGCAACUCCAUAAUUUCCCAAUGGACGAACACUCCUGUCCUCUCGUCUUCUCCAGCUACGGAUACCCGAGAGACGAGAUUGUGUACAAGUGGAAGCGAAACUCUGUGGAGACUUCAGACCAGAAAUACUGGAGGCUCUACCAGUUUGACUUCAUGGGGCUCAGGAACACCACAGAUGUGCUCACGACGACAGCAGGUGACUACAUAUUGAUGACGGUGUACUUUGACCUCAGCAGGCGAAUGGGCUACUUCACCAUCCAGACCUACAUCCCCUGUAUCCUGACUGUGGUCCUCUCCUGGGUCUCCUUCUGGAUCAAGAGCGACGCUACGCCUGCAAGAACGGCCCUAGGUAUCACCACAGUGCUGACGAUGACCACCCUGAGCACGGUGGCCCGAAACUCUCUACCCAGAGUGUCCUACGUGACGGCCAUGGACCUGUUCGUCACCGUCUGCUUCCUGUUCGUCUUUGCCGCCAUGAUCGAGUACGCGAUGCUCAACUACUACUCCUACAGUAUACGCAGACCUCCUGCCAGGAUGCAGAGAAUGGCCUACUCAUCUUUCAACAUGAGUCGCAACCCUCGGACCAUGAUGCCCAUGGGUAAUUCCCUCUUCUGGCACGACUAUGACGACAACUGCCUGUACGAGUGCUUGGACGGGAAGGACUGCAAGAGCUUCUUCUGCUGCUACGAAGAGUGUAAAGAAGGCGGCUGGAGGAAAGGACGGAUCCACGUCAACAUCCGUGAGCUGGAUUCCUACUCUCGGGUGUUUUUCCCCACAUCCUUUUUGCUCUUCAACAUCGUCUACUGGGUCAGCUACCUCUACCUCUAGUCAGUCAUGGGCCGUGAGCCCUUGCUGAAACCGCCGGUGUCCGCGGCUCGUGAUAAGAGGUCAAAACUAAGCGUGGAAGAGGAAGUGAAGGGGAUUCACCCUGCAGGAAGCGUGAAAGACGCAUGCUGCCUCAGGAGUGGUAGGACUGACAAAUACAUGUGAGCUGGUGUGCAGUGGAAAGGCAAUGAUACUUUGAGCUGUGGCAUUGCGAGGAGAAUAAAAUGCUCAGCAGCAGAACCACAAGCCCGUCAACAUUAACUCGAAUGGAAACGUCCCGUUUAUGAUUCGCUCGGAAACCAAACAACAGACAGCUGUGACUUCAGGGGACAGGGGGUUGCAUUGCUGAAUCUUGGUGGACGAGAUGGCGAAGCACCCAUAGUGCCUUCUUUAAAAAGGGUGCCGCAUUGAGAGACGCAGCUUCAGAGUUCCCUUCAUUAUCUUUAUUACCUCAUCCAUCACACCGCUGCAUGCUGAGCUGUUUAUUCUUUGAAGAAACAAAGCCAGAACACAGUUCUCACCACUGGGAAAUGUUUGAAACGGACACUCACCAUUCAUUUUGUAGCACAUUAGCUUUCGUUGUACCCUAGAAUUAGUUCUCCUUCCUAACAAUAGUAAUGUUUUCUUCUUCUUCUUCUUCUUCUUCUUCUUGUUGUUACUGGAAUUAGUUGUGUUUUCACAGCGAGUCAAUGAGGUCACACAUCAGUUGUUGAUUGUUAAAUAUGAGUUUAGGGGCAGUGGUUGUCUGGUAAAAUCUUGUUUACUAAGUCAGUGAGCUUUUGUUCAUGAUGCUUUGUGACCAGACGAUGCAUUUUACAGUAGAUGCCAAGAAGAUUUUUUUUUUUUUACCGAUUGCUGGGUUACAUCCUUACACACCAAAUGUAUAAGAACCGCAUAAAUACAUAACAAUCUAAUACUUAACAUGCUAAUCUCAUCUCCGGGCGUAUUAGGUAUGUUACAGCACAUGAAUAAACAGAUUAGGGU